AUGCCACCAACUCGAAAAGCCCAUCACAAGUCAAGAGGAGGAUGCGUACAAUGCAAGAAAAGACAUGUCAAGUGCGACGAAGUACGGCCAAAUUGUGGAAACUGCGUAAAACGAGAAGCAACUUGCAGCUUCUCCUCGAACGAACAAAGUCCUUCGACUGGUCAUGAAGAGCCAAAGUCGCCAAUUGCCUCCGAAACUCGACAGUCUAUACUUUCUCGAGUCGAAGAACUGGAAUUGAUACAUUUCUUCAUGACAACUACCAUCAAAACUCUCUGUCAUGAUCCUAAGGAUUGGCACAUGUGGGAAGUUGGACUUCCCCAACUAGCUUUCCAGAACGAUUACCUUCUCGAUGCCGUAUUUGCGAUGACCUGCCUCCAUCGCGGCUCUCUUCACCCUCUCAACAAGAGUUACUGGCUUAGAUCUGCCGUCCAAUAUCAGAGUCGAGCACUCCCGAUGUUCUACAAAGUUUUGGACAACGUCAACGAGGGAACUUGCCAUGCUGCAUUCGCCUUCUCUCUACUGACUUCUAUGGUCGAGAUCGCAAUGCCUCAAACCGACUACGACCCCAUCGAACAUCUCGUGGGACUUCGUAGCUACUUCAGAGGGUCAGCUACACUUUGGUUGACCAUGGUAGACCAUCUAAGAUACGGCCCCAUGGAUCCGUUCUUCAAGCCAAAAACAAUCGUGUGGGAAUACGACCCGGAUAUCCGAAAAUCAUUCCACGACAGGCUGACCGAUCUAUACGACAUUGUCGCCGGGAGCCCGGAUGUAAAGAUUUACAACGAAACCAUCGAUCUGUUGAUCAGACUGUUCCAUGAUUCGCCCUACAGCAUCAUGGUCUUCUCAUUAUUCGUCGGACCGGACUUCUUCCAUCUCGUUUGUCAGCGUGAGCCUCUAGCUGUACUGAUCUACGUUUAUGUGGGCGUGUUGUUUCAUAACGUCAACAUCUGGUGGGGAGAAGGAGUAGGCGAACGCAUCGUGAAUGGGCUGUCACUUCCAGCAGAGCUGCUCGAAAACAACCCUAAGUGUGCGUCAGCGUUGCUCUGGGCCCAGCAGCAAGUCAAGAAGAGACCGGAGCCAGACAAGGUUCUGUUCUGGAGGAUAUUCGUGAGUUCGUUUGGCCUCUUGUGA